AUGAAGACCACAUCCGCUUUCACUCUUCUUAUGGCUGCUGCCACUGUAAUGGCCGCCCCUGCCAAGCGUCAAACCUACCAGGCCGAGAUCCUCAGCAGUAUUAAGGCUGUCCUGACAAGCACAAGCGGAUCCUUCGAGCUCGUUCUUGAUGACCUCAACUACAAUGAAACCACCACUAUCGAUGUGAACUGGGAUCGUCCCGGUGAGCCACCCAUGGAAAACUGGAGCGCGGAUGGCAACUACAUGCUUUACUUCCCAACCAAUGUGACCAGCGUCGAGCAGUUACAAUUUGUGAUUGAUCGCGCUUUAGAGCUCCAAUUUGCCGUCGUUUAUCUGAACAGCGAGGCUGAGGACUCCGAGUGGACUUGCGGCACAUUUGAUGGAGCUCCAGGAACACAGCAGUGCUACAUCUCUGCUGACCUUACGGUCGUCCCCACUACCACUUCUUAA